UAAUAUAUAAAGUAUUAAAUAAAAAUAAAAAAAAAUGUCACUAUAAUAAUCAUAUGGAGUUAACAGUCUUUUAAAAGAAGGACAUAAACAUUUCUCAGGAAUGGAAGAAGCCGUUCUUAAAAACAUUAACGCCUGUAAAGAAAUAUCUAACAUGACCAAAACUUCUUUAGGUCCAAACGGUAUGAAAAAGAUGGUAAUAAAUCACUUAGAUAAGAUUUUCGUAACAUCCGACGCUGCCACAAUAAUGCAAGAACUUGAAGUAUAACACCCUGCAGCUAAAAUGAUCAUAAUGGCCUCUAAAAUGUAAGAAAAUGAAUGCGGAGAUGCCACAAACUUAGUAAUAGCUUUAUCUGGUGAAAUUCUUUCUUAAGCCGAAAAUUUGAUUAAAAUGGGUCUCCAUCCUUCUUAGAUAAUAACUGGAUAUGAACAAGCUUUAAAAGCAACAAUUACUUAUUUAGAAACCUUAACUGAAUUUACUGUCGAUGAUCCUAAAAAUGUAGAAUAAGUAACUAAAGCUAUACGUUCUGCUUUAUAAUCUAAAUUAAUACAUUAUGCAAGCAUGUUUUCAAGAUUAGUAUCUUAAGCAUGUAUAAAUUCAAAACCUGACAAUCAUCACGACUUCGAUUUAGAAUUUGUCCGUGUAUGUAAAAUAAUGGGAGCUGCUAUAGAAGAUUCUUAUGUAUAAUAAGGUUUAAUAAUCCAAAGAAGUUCCGAAGGUUCCAUAACUCACGUCACAAACCCUAAAGUAGCUGUAUAUUCAUGUCCUUUAGAUACCCAAUAAUCCGAAACUAAAGGAACUGUAUUAAUUAAAAAUGCUAAUGAGCUCCUAAACUACACUAAAUCCGAAGAAAAACACGCCGAAAAUAUAGUAAAGAGAAUUGCUGAUGCUGGUAUAAACUUAAUAAUAGCCGGAGGUUCUAUAUCUGAAAUAGUACUCCAUUAUAUUGAAAAAUAUAAAAUGAUGAUCGUAAAAGUACAAUCUAAGUUCGAACUAAAGAGAAUUUGUAAAGCCUUAGGAGCUUCCCCUAUUGCAAGAGUAGAUGCCCCUACUCCUGAAGAAAUUGGAUUCUGUGAUAGUGCUACUGUUUAGGAAAUCGGAAGCCAAAAAGUUACUAUUAUAAAGAAAGAAAAUGAAGAUUGUAAACUUAAUACUAUUGUACUUAGAGGAUCUACUCAUAAUCUUUUAGAUGAUAUAGAAAGAGCUAUUGAUGAUGCAGUUAAUGUAUAUAGAUGUUUACUUAAGGAUGGAAGAUUCGUUCCUGGUGCUGGGGCUACUGAAUUGAUGAUUUCUUAAAAAUUAUAAUAAGAUGCUAAAGAUUUAGAAGAUUUAUCUUAGUAUGCAUUUAAUAGAUUUGCUUUAUCAUUUGAAAUUAUUCCUAGAAUUUUGGCUGAAAAUGCAGGCUUGAAUUCUAAUGAAAUUAUUCCAAAAUUAAUUACUGCUAAUGCUGUUUAAUCUCAUGGAAUUGAUAUAAAUAAUGGAACUAUUAAUAAAUCUAGUGAACUUGGCGUUUAUGACCAUUUGUUAAGUAAAUCAUGGGCUAUUAGAUUAGCUGUUGAUGCUGCAAUUACAAUUCUUAAAGUUGAUUAGAUUGUUAUUGCUAAAUAAGCAGGAGGUCCUAAAAUGCCUUAAAAUUAAGGAAAUUGGGAUGAUAGAGAAUGAAAAGAUUUUUUAUAAAUAAUAAAAAUAGUUUAUAUAUAUAAAGAAAUAAAGUUAGUAUUUAAAAUAUUUAUGAAUUUUUAAUUAAGUUUAUUUAUUUUUUUAUUUAAGUAUUAUUAUUGUUUA